AUGGCCCAGAACAAGACCCCACAGGAGCUCCAAGGAGUCAUGGUUGCUCUCAUCACUCCGUUCACCGAUGAUAAGACUCAGAUCGAUAAGAAGCGCCUCAAGGACCACAUCGACCACAUGAUCGCUUCUGGAAUCCACGGCCUAGUGCCCGGUGGCAGCACCGGAGAGUUCACCACCAUGACUCGAGACGAACGCAAGCAGCUCACCGAGCUAUGCGUUGAAUAUGCCGCCGGACGUGCUACCGUCACGGCAGGCAUCGGAAGCACUUCCACCGAGGAGGCAGUCGAUUUGGCUCGCCACGCGGCGCAGGCUGGCGCCGACGCCCUGAUGGUCGUGCCGCCGUUCUACGACCCCUUGAACGUCGAACAGUUGACGGAGCUGAUGCACGAGAUCCACACCGUUAGCCAGCUCCCCAUCGUCUACUACAACAUCCCCUCCGCUAGCGGCUUGACCUUGACGCCGCAGCAAAUCGCGGAUCUGUCCAGCGUGGGUGUGAAGUAUCUCAAAGACACCUCAGGCAACGCCCCUGCCUUCACAGAGUUGGUGUUCGGUCUAUCGCACAAGGUCACCGCGUUCAACGGCUGGGAUACCCUUACUUUCUACGGCCUGGCGGCUGGCUCGCCCGGCGCAAUCUGGGGUGCUGCUAACAUCAUCCCCGAGCUUGCCAUCGAGUUGUGGAACGCCAUCGCGGUGAACAAGGACAUCGAGAAGGGACGUGAGCUUUGGGCCAAGGCCUUCCCCAUUUGCAAAUUCCUCGAGUCGCACAACUACGCUUCCGCUGUGAAAACGGGAGUGGAACUCAGAGGUCAGUCGACGGGCGGGCUAAGGAAGCCCUUCGCCCUGUUGAUGGGCGAGCCUUUGGCGGAACUGAAGCAGUUGUUGAGGGACGCGGGUGUGAAGGUUGUUUAG